AUGAACUUCCUUGAAAAGCCCAGGAGUCGGACAGCUGCUUUUCUGCCUCUUUGCUGGCUCCUUUUGAAGAUUCUGCAACCAGGGCACAGCCACAGUUAUGACAACCGCUAUGCUGGUGAUAAGCUGAUAAGACUAAUUCCCAAAACAGAAGAGGAAGCAUAUACACUGAAGAAAAUAUACUACCAACUCAAGGUGGACCUGUGGCAGCCCAGCAGUAUCAUCUAUGUGUCAGAGGGGACAGUUACUGAUGUCCAUAUUCCCCAAAAUGCUUCCCAGGCUCUGUUAGCCUUCUUCCAGGAAGCCAACAUCAAAUACAAGAUCCUCAUAGAAGAUCUUCAGAAAGCACUGGAAAAUGGAAGCAGCCUGCAAACCCAGAGAAAUAGAAGAUCCCUCCCUGAAUAUAAUUACGAAGUUUAUCACUCCUUAGAAGAAAUUCAGAGUUGGAUGCAUCAUCUCAAUAAAACUCAUUCAAGCCUCAUUCACAUGUUCUCCAUUGGAAGAUCAUAUGAAGGAAGAUCUCUCUUUAUUUUAAAGCUGGGCAGGAAAUCACGAGCUUACAAAAGAGCUGUCUGGAUAGACUGUGGUGUUCACGCAAGAGAAUGGAUUGGCCCUGCCUUUUGUCAGUGGUUUGUAAAAGAAGCCCUUCAAACAUACAGGACUGACCCAGCCAUGAGAAAAUCGUUGAAUCAUCUGUAUUUCUAUGUAAUGCCUGUGUUUAAUGUUGAUGGAUACCAUUUUAGCUGGACACACGAUCGGUUUUGGAGAAAAACAAGGUCAAGGAACUCAAAGUUUCACUGCCGAGGAGUUGAUGCUAAUCGUAACUGGAAAGUCAAAUGGUGUGAUGAAGGAGCCUCUAUGCACCCUUGUGAUGAUACCUACUGUGGCCCUUUCCCAGAAUCUGAGCCAGAGGUCAAGGCUGUAGCUAACUUCCUCCGAAAACACAGAAAGCACAUUAAGGCAUACCUUUCCUUUCACGCAUAUGCUCAGAUGUUGCUGUAUCCCUAUUCUUAUAAAUAUGCAACAAUUCCCAAUUUUAGCUGUGUGGAAUCUGCAGCUCAUAAAGCUGUGAAAGCACUUCGGUCAGUAUAUGGGGUAAGGUACAGACAUGGACCUGCCUCCAGAACAUUGUAUGUAAGCUCCGGUAGCUCAAUGGAUUGGGCUUACAAAAAUGGAAUACCCUAUGCAUUUGCUUUUGAACUACGUGACACUGGGCAUUUUGGAUUUUUACUCCCGGAGAUGCUCAUCAGGCCCACCUGUACAGAGACCAUGCUGGCUGUGAAGAAUAUCACAAUGCACCUGCUAAAGAAGUGCCCCUGAGUCAGGUCAGCCCCCAGAGAGACAGCUGAUUCUGACCAAAGGCUGUUCAACGCCGGGUGGAAAUUGGUUUUAAAGAGAAGGGUAGCUACUUAGAGUAAACAUAUCUAUAAAGUUUUAAAAGAUCAUCUCAUGCAAUUUGACACUUUCCAACAAGAAAAAAACAGUAAAACUUAGGGUGCAGCCUAAGUUUGUUAUAAGAAAAAGCAUGCAUUUUAUAUCCCUUUAGAGUCUUGAUUGAUUACAGGGGAAGGGAUGUUUUCAAAUUCCUUUGUCUCAAGAAAAGUACAAAUUAGUUGAGGAUUUACCUUCAGUAAACCGCAUGCCUUCAAUUAAAAUCUAGGCUACUUGUAAUGUUUGUUUGAUUCUCAUUGUAAAUGGAAAUUUUUGAAAUGGAAAGCACCAACUAUACUUCUUAUUAUAAUAAACAUACAUUUUUUUCAAGACCUCAGAUUGUUCACAUCUUCAACCCCUAGUAUUAGUGGUACCAUAUACCUAUAAAAAUAUAGCAAAAUAGAGCAAUUUAUGUUUAGAAUCCAAGAACCCCACUUCUUUUUUAAAAGGUAAAUAUUGAGGUGCCAGAUACAGAGUUAGGAGCUUUACACUAAUAAUCUCACUUAUUCCACACAAUACAUAUUUCAAAUGAGGGAACCAAGGCUUAGAAAGUUUACUUUUACUAGACUUCCAUUUCCAGGAAGAUGACAGGGCA